AUGUCGAAGUUCUGGCCCCCCGCACCCACUCCGCCCACGCGCCUGGGCAACUACCGCCAACUCUCGCCCCUCGCUGGCGUCCACGUCUCGCCGCUCUGCCUCGGGGCGAUGAGCAUCGGGGACAAGUGGGCGUCGGAAGGGUUUGGGGCGAUGGACAAGGCGAGCAGCAUGAAGCUCCUCGACGCCUUCUACGAGCGCGGCGGCAACUUUAUCGACACCGCGAACGCGUACCAGGGCGAGAGCUCGGAGGAGUUCAUCGGGGAGUGGAUGGAGCAGCGCGGGAUCCGCGACCAGAUGGUUGUUGCGACGAAGUACACAACGAACUUCAAGCGUAGCGACAAAACUAUCCUACAAAAGGCUCAGUACGUGGGGAACAACCUCAAGUCGAUGACGAUCUCCCUCGAAGCGUCGCUGAAGAAGCUCCGCACGCAUUACAUCGACAUCUUCUACGUGCACUGGUGGGACUGGGACACGUCCGUCGAGGAGGUUAUGAACGGGCUGCACAAUCUCGUCGUCUCCGGCAAGGUCCUCUACCUCGGCAUAUCGGACACCCCUGCCUGGAUCGUCUCCAAAGCGAACCUGUACGCGCGGCUGAUGGGAAAGACCCCGUUCGUGAUCUACCAAGGCGCGUGGAGCAUCCUCGAGCGCGACUUCGAGAAGGACAUCAUCCCGAUGGCACGCUCAGAGGGCCUCGCGCUCGCGCCAUGGAACGUCCUCGCGUCCGGUCGGAUCCGGUCAGACGAAGAGGAGGAGCGGCGGAAGGAGACGGGCGAGCACGGCCGCACGACGUUCAGUGUGGACGGAAGCUGGAUGCGCACGCCGGAGCAGCGCAGGGUCUGCCUCGCGCUCGAGGAGGUCGCGAAGCAAGUGGGGACCACGUCCGUGCAGGCGGUCGCGAUCGCGUACGUGAUGCAGAAGGUGCCGUACGUGUUCCCGAUCGUCGGCGGGCGCAAGGUCGAGCACCUGGACAGCAACAUCGAGGCGCUGAACAUCGCACUGAGCGAGGAGCAGAUCAAGCACCUCGAAGGCGUCCUGCCGUUCAACAAGGGGUUCCCGCAUAACUUCGCUGGGAACGGUGAGACGUAUAUUGACAUGAUGAUGAACGCAGCGCCAUUCGAGAAAUGGCCGCGUCAAGAGGCCAUUCGCCCUUCAAAGAGCUGA